ACAUUUCGGCCUAGUAAUAAAACUGUGUCGUUUCAAGUUCUUCUCCUCACGAGGAAAAUCGUUGUGAAGCUUUUCGAAACUCGAAUCAAAUGGCGGGCUAAACCUCUUUCUCUGUAUCUCUCUAUUUGGCGAUGGAAUCGAUUGGCGAAAUCGGAGGUGGAGAUACAACGAAGAAGACUACUAUGGCGUCUCUGGGACUCAUGUGUGAGAAAGAUAUGAAUGAGCAGCGGAUUAAAAUCGAUUCCUUCAUCGCUUCUCCGUUCCAGAGAUCGAUGGACUCUGUACUGGAGCGAGCUAAAGCCACUGCACAAAGCCAAGUGGAACUAGCGAAUAUGAAAGCGCAGCUGAGAGAAGCAGAGGAUGAGCUCGUUAAAGUGUUAACAGAGAAGACACGUAAAGAGGCAAGGCAAAUGGGGUUAAGGGAUUCCAUUUCUGCCACACAAUCUCGAAUCGAAGUGCUUAGAAGAACUCUGCAGUUACAGAAGUCAAAGAGGGAAGAACAUGCCAAAGUUAUCUCCCAACAAUUGCAAGCCUUAUCGGUAUCCAAGGAAAAUGCUGGUAAAGUCACAGAAGAGAAAGGAGAUAUACAAGAAGCCAUCUCUUGGUAUAAUCAAGCUCUCGGUUUUCACGUUGAAGCUGGACACGGAGUUAAAUUCACAUUCAUCAACAUUGAUGCAAAAAGGCCUACAAGCGAAUUUUCAUUCACAGUCCACUACGGAAAUGACAUCUACACACUUUUGGAUUGCAACCCGCAAUUAGAUGACAUCGAAGAGAUGGUUCAACAAUUGAAUAAAACCAAUGAACUUUUCGGAUUUAUUCGUCUGAUGAGGGAUAAGUUUCUUAAAGCCACCUUAUCUGAGUUGCCAACAAAUUCAGAAAAUCCGCAACAGGAUACCUCUACCAUAUCUGCUUCAGCUCCAGCUAUCACUGAAACAAGCAUGUCAACUCCAGAGAACAAAGGAUCUAAGGUUCAAGUGAAUCGGCGACACAAAAGAUCUAGCGAUUCUCCACUCCCGUCUCCUGCACCCACGUCUUCUGCUCGCCGUUCUUCUCGCCUUAAGGCUAAGAAAUGAAGGUGGAGCAUAAAUCUUGAGGACCUCACAUGGGAGGAGAUAACUGAAUGAUUUUUACAGCUUCUGUGACUUGGCUGAUUGAUGGCGUGUAUUACUUGUGGUUGUCUUAGUAAUGUGUUCCUAUAAUUGAAGGUCGAGGAAUGCCAACGAGGAUUAGUAAGCUAAUGAUUGUGGUAAACUAUGAAGAAGUAACUAGGCAACUCAUCAAAGAAAAUGGUAUUAGGAGGUUAUUUUGGUCAAACAUAAGACCAUAUCUUUUUUGGAUCAAAAUUAAGACCAUAUUUAAAGAAAUGAAUUUAAGAACCAACUACGUAAGCUGUCUCAGUUUUUUUUUUUUUUUUUUUGUGUGGGGUAAUUUAACGGAUUUGGGAAGAACAGUUGGGAACAAAACUUGAAGUGUCUGAAGUCGAAGUACAGACGAGUCUUUAUGUAAUAAAAAGAGUCUUUAUGUAAUAAAGAGAUGGUAUCUUCCGAUAAA